AAAUGACAUCAAACUUUGGAAAAAAGUCUUAUUCUACUUUCCUCAUAAUUUCUAACAUAAUAAUGUCUUCAGUGUGAUAAAAACCGCGUUAAAACUAUAUUAUUGAUGAUAAGCUUUCGGUAAGAUGGACGAGAAGGAAGAGUUACAUCUAACCUCUCAAGAGCUACAAGUUUUAUCGGAGCUUGAUAGUCGCCAGUUUGGCUUCCUAAAGCUUCGUGGCAGUGAACAUGUUCGGACCAGAGCUCUUAUUCUCAAAGCUGUCAAAUAUUUGGAGGGAAUGUUGGUACAAGUUAAGGAGGAGGACAGAGCUAGCUCACCCGGAGCCCGAAGGGAUAUCUGCAUAGAUCCCAAGACGUACUGCAAGUUGGGACACUUCCAUCUACUCCUAGAGGACUAUGCUAAAGCCAUGUCAGCAUACCAGAAGUUCUACGCGCUGGAGCAGGACAACUGGAAGGACCCUUUGUUUCUGUACGGGCUGGGGCUCUGUUACUACCACUAUAACGCCUUCGAAUGGGCGACCAAAGCGCUGCAGAUGUCUCUGUACGUGUCGCCGGGGUUCUCCCGCGCCGCGGACGCGCACCUGCGGCUCGCGCUCAUGUUCAAGGCGCGCCGCUACUGGGGCGCCGCGGCGGCCCACUUCCGCCGCGCCAAGCUUGCCCCCCAUCAAGACGCUACCUUCACCCGCCUCGAGCUCAGCUUCCACGCCGCGCAUCUCCUAGAAGCCAGAGGACUGAGGAAAGCGGCCAGAGACGCGUACACCAAACUCCUCAACGAGCCGCAACUCGCCCUCACGCUGAAAGCCGAUAUCUGUCGGCAACUUGGUUGGCUGUACCACCGCUGCGCGUCCCUGGGCGAGCCGGCCGCGCGGGCCCGCGCCGCCAUCUGGUGCCUGAACCGCGCGGUGAAGGCCGAGCCCGAGUCCGGCGCGGGGCUCUAUCUGCUCGGGCGCUGCUUCGCGGCCCAGGGCAAAGUGCAUGACGCCUUCGUAGCCUACAGGAACUCGGUUGAGAAGUCGGAGGGCAACGCGGACACAUGGUGCUCUAUCGGGGUGCUUUACCAGCAACAGAACCAGCCUAUGGACGCCCUCCAAGCGUACAUCUGUGCAGUCCAACUAGACAAGGGACACUCAGCGGCGUGGACCAACCUCGGAAGUUUGUACGAGAGCUGUCAGAUGCCGCGCGACGCGUUCGCGUGCUAUAACAAUGGCGGGGCCGCGGCUACAGCGUCGCAUUCUGCUCUGAGGCAGCGUUUGGCGUUCUUGAAGGCACAUUUGGCCCAUGCGCCCCUACCUUCUGUGACUGGCAAACGACGGCAGCUCCCAUCCAUCGAAGAAGCGUGGAACCUACCAAUCUCCGCGGAGAUGUCGUCUCGCGCGCCCAAGUCCGCGCCGCCGCCGUACCCCGGCAAGAGGCCGGACGAGCCGCCGCCGCUCACGCAGCACCAGCUACAGACGCUGCAGUACUUGCAGAGGAACUCGCAUAAUCUGUCGCCGCAGCAACAAGCAUUGAUGCAGCAGCUACUCUCCCAAUACCGACUUUCACAAGCAGCGCGGGCGCGAGCGGUGACGAAAAGUGAAGGCAACGCGAACGGCGGCGAGACCGCCGAGUCGCUCGCCGAGGACUUACUGAAGAGAUUCUCCGAUAAUCCGCCUGAAAUUAAAAAGGAACCCGUGUCAGAAUGCCCCGCCCCUAGCAGCAACGAGGCGAUGCUGGGUGGGCGGCAGCCCGUGGUCAAGCUGGAGCCGCUGAAGGCCGAGCCGCUCAAGCCCGUCUCCUUCCACAUCGGCAUGAGCGCCAAGCAGAUCCUAGAAGCUUGCAAACACGACGCCGGCAGCCCCUCGGCGUGGUCGGUGCUGGGCCCGGGGCUGGGCCCGCCGGAGCCGCCGCCGGUGCCGCCGCCGCGCCUCAGCGCCGAGCAGCUGGCGCCGCCCGCGCCCUUCGUCUACGUCGAGUCCAAGCGCGACGCCUUCAGCCCGCAGCUGCAGGACUUCUGCCUCAAGCACCCCAUCGCCGUGGUGCGCGGCCUCACCGCCGCGCUCAAGCUCGACCUCGGCCUCUUCUCCACCAAGACGCUCGUCGAGGCCUGGCCCGACCACGCGGUCGAGGUGCGCACGCAGCUGAUGCAGUCCGCCGACGAGAACUGGGACCCGACCGGCCGCCGCCGCGUGUGGGCGUGCGCCUCGCACCGCUCGCACACCACCGUGCGCAAGUACGCGCAGUACCAGGCCGGCUCCUUCCAGGAGUCCCUGCGCGAGGAGCGCGAGCGCGGCGGCGCGCCCGCGCCUGCGCACGGCGCGCUGUCGGACUCGGACGGCCGCGAGUCCGGCCCGGCCAAGCGCCGCCGCCAGGCGCGCAUGCUGCGCUUCGGCACCAACGUGGACCUCUCCGACGAGCGCAAGUGGCGCGCGCAGCUCACCGAGCUGCAGAAGCUGCCCGCGUUCGCGCGCGUCGCCUCCGCCGCCAACAUGCUGUCGCACGUCGGCCACGUCAUCCUCGGCAUGAACACCGUGCAGCUGUACAUGAAGGUGCCCGGCUCGCGCACGCCCGGCCACCAGGAGAACAACAACUUCUGCUCGAUCAACAUCAACAUCGGCCCCGGCGACUGCGAGUGGUUCGGCGUGCCCGACGCGUACUGGGGCGGCGUGCGCGAGCUGUGCGAGCGGCACCAGCUGUCGUACCUGCACGGCUCGUGGUGGCCCGACCCGGCCGAGCUGCGCGCGCACGGCGUGCCCGUGUACCGCUUCACGCAGCGGCCCGGCGACCUCGUGUGGGUGAACGCCGGCUGCGUGCACUGGGUGCAGGCCACCGGCUGGUGCAACAACAUCGCGUGGAACGUCGGCCCGCUCACCGCGCGCCAGUACGGCCUCGCGCUCGACCGCUACGAGUGGAACAAGGUGCAGAACUUCAAGUCAAUUGUGCCGAUGGUGCACCUCACUUGGAAUCUGGCUCGGAACAUCCGCGUGUCGGACCCGCGCCUGCACAAGGCCAUGCGCACGUGCCUGAUGCAGACGCUGCGCGCGGCGCUGGGCACGCUGGCCGCCGUGCGCGCGCGCGGCGUGGGCGUGCGCUUCCACGGCCGCGCGCGCGGCGAGGCCUCGCACUACUGCGGCGUGUGCGAGCGAGAGGUGUGGCACGCGCUGCUGGUGCGCGAGCACGAGCGCCGCCACGUGGUGCACUGCCUGGCGUGCGCGCGCAAGGCCGAGCCGCAGCUCACCGGCUUCCUGUGCCUGGAGGAACACCACCUGGACGAGCUGGUGCAGGUGUACGACGCGUUCACGCUGCACCGGCCGGCGCCGCCGCCGGGCGCGCCGCACGCGGCCGUGCCUGCGCUGCCGGCGGUGCCGGACUGAGCCGGCACGGUCCGGCGCCGGGUUCCGUUUAGUUAGGCGGCGCCGGCCCGGCCGGCCGGCGUCGCCGCGCCUGUAUUUAUUUCGUGUGCGAGUGUAUGGUAGUUCGGUCCGGUCCGCUUUCGUCGUUUCGUGGACGUGUUCCGAUGCUAGUGUUGCGCGUGUUAGAGACCGUAAGAUUCGUCGUUCGUCGGCCCCUCGUAAUUUUGUUACUAUGUUAGUCGGGUCGUUUUUAUUAUUAUCUGAGACCAUUUAAAUUUAAAACGCGAUGUAAAUGUUCACGAUCUAUUUUUACUACGCCGUGUGAGUAUAGAGAGUUGUUGACGCGACUAUUUUUGGUGAUAUAAAUGUAAUUUUGUAAAAGAUAAAUUUUACAAGCUCCUCGAUCACUUUUGUAAUUGUGAGAGAUAUCGAUUAUAAUCCGAAGUCAAUUUGAGGGUAUCGUGAGAUAGCGGAUUAGGUUAGUGUUCGUACAGUUUGUACUCUGACGUAGCGUAGCGAGGUACUCCUCGUGCUCAGGUGUUCACCGCGAUAUAAAUGUGUUAUUUUUGUAUAGAGGCAUAUUUAUUUAUUUUACUGUGACUUAGUUUGAUUUUCUAGUACAUCUCUUAGCGAAUAGUAGUGUAAGCGAUCGCACGGAGUGGGGUCCUGCGUUUUAGCAGGGCCCGUUGAAUAGUGCUGCAAUGUCCCAAAGAAUGUUAUACUCGUGUAGGCAAGAGGAUAUCGAAGUCCUGAUACAUCGCAUUUCUAUGUUAAGUGCCUGAAUCCUGUAAUAUUGGGAACUGACAAUUUUCCUCUUAUUGGCAUUAUUUAAAGAAUUAUUUGUUUACAAAAUUGACAUGACUGUGUUCUUAAAUUCGAAUUGGACUGUUUAAAUUAGUGGUAAUGAAAUUGAUUCCUCGGAUUGAUGUAUAGUAGGAUGGAUUAGUGGAGUAAGCUCAGUGUGGCAGCGAGGCGGGCGCUCGCUGGUUGUUGUUCUCUUGGAGUUUAUUCGUGUUGAGUGUCGACGGAGUGUUAUGGCUGGCUUACGUUUUGAGAAGUAAUAAGUGCGAGAAUACCUGUGGCUCUAGUGAAAAAGUACAAGUCUCGUAGCUCAGAUGAAAAAGGGUGUAAGUGAUUGUAACCUAUGCCCUUUUUCACCGCGAGACUUAUGCCCCUUUUCACUAGAGCAACAAGUUUGUUACAAAACAAAUGUAUUUAUUAGAUCAUUCUUUGAGCGUUUCAUGAUUGAAAAGCAUUGCGUAGACACGUUUUAAUGGUGACUGUCUCGACAUUAUGACAUGACAUUUCCGGUUUUCUAGUAGUCUCUGACUACUACCAAAGAACCAAAAAUAUCAUCGAAAUAUAUAGACGCUCUGUCAUAAAAUCAUCCAAAGAAAUGAGGCGACCGAAACACUUGUGAUAAUGACCCCUUUGAUGACUUGCUGUAGAUGUUUUUUUUUUUUCGUUAUUGCUCAUGUACCAGACAAAUGGAGACGCCGUCAAAAUAAAUGGAUAAUUAUAAAAAUGUCGUCAUUGAUUCGAAAGAAACGCUGAAAGAAUGGCCCAACUCGUGCUUUCACUUCUCAAAACGUAAAUGAGUCUUUAGAGCGCCUCGCCUCGCCCGAGAGUCGGGUGUCGGUGGAUGUAAUGCCGAUAUUUAUAAUUAAUAUAAGAAAACAUCACUGCCAUGUAUGACCUUACUGUUUAUACUAUAAUAUUAAAUUUUUAAUAAACAAAUAAUGUACCUAA